AUGCCUUAUGCUAAUCAACCUCAUGUUGCGAUCACUGCCUUAAAUGACGAAAUUGUGCGAUUCGUUUUAGAGGAUACCGAUUUAAGUGUUGCCAAUUCGCUACGGCGAAUUUUUAUGGCUGAAGUACCAACUAUGGCAAUUGAUUGGGUACAAAUUGAAUCAAAUUCAAGUGUCCUGCAUGAUGAAUUUAUUGCCCAUCGUCUUGGUUUAAUACCGCUAACAUCAGAUUCAGUCGUAGAUCAGAUGCAAUUUUCACGAGACUGUCAAUGUACAGAAUUUUGUCAGUUUUGUGCAGUGGAAAUGCGACUUCGGGUACGCUGUGACGAUGAGGGAAUAAGAGCAGUGACAACAGCUGAUCUUGAAACCAGUAAUCCAGAUGUAGCUCCUGCAUGUGGCGUACAUAUACGUAAUCGUAAUGCCGAAGAAAAUGCCAGUGAUGAUAUUCUCAUUGUUAAGUUGAGAAAAGGGCAAGAUAUUGAUAUUAAAUGUAUUGCCAAAAAGGGAUUCGGUAAAGAACAUGCCAAAUGGAAUCCAACUUGUUGCGUAGCAUUUGAGUACGAUCCUGACAAUGCUCUUAGGCAUACAAUGUUAGCGAAACCAGAAGAAUGGCCAAAAAGUGAAUAUUCUCAAUUGGAAGAUGAUGAAUAUGAAGCACCUUUCGAUCCGAUGGCUAAGCCAAAUAAAUUUUGGUUUACAGUUGAAUCUACUGGAGCUUUAAAGGCAGAAAAUAUUAUUUUAAGUGGUAUUUCUGUUCUAAAAAAGAAACUGGCUGACUUACAAAAUCAACUGCAAAGAGAAUUAUUACAACAAGGACAUGUUUAUCAUUGA